CGAGAUACCGCAGCCGCGUCGUGACCGCUGCCCAGGCUCACAGCACACCACGCGACAGGCAAACAACGACGCCGACGGGGCGGCGCAGACGCAAUCGUACCGCCACACUCGCUUAACAGAGGGCUCGCCGGACAAUCGCCCCGCAUUCUGAUUAAUUUUAAUAAAUUAUUAUAUGCCUGUCACUUAAACAAAAUUACUUGUAAUUUGCAAGUGAUAAAUGCGUGGAUACUUUGUUUAUGCCGAAUUUGACCUGUAACGUCGUGGACAAAAAUCAGUAUGCAUAUAUGGUGGGCGAUGUGCACUUUAGCGGGUGCGGUGACAGCGGGAGGCGUGCACAGCGCCGUGGGCGACGGGGGCCGAUGGCGAUGGCCUGAGGGACAGGACGUCCGUAUCGACACCAAGGUGCAGUUCCUGGACGCGUCCACUGCGGCCAACCGCGCCUCGUCCGACAAGUCAGUCACUGCCUCCGUUCACAUAAGCGGCCUAGCGAACGGCAAGGCGAAUCCACACGCGGACGCGCCCUUUAAGGAGGCCACCGAGACAAACGGUUUCUACAAUAGGCCCCCCGGCGACGGCCGCUUUCCAGUGCGCUCCGUGGACGCCUACCGCACACCCUAUCCCGUCAAUGCGCAAGCCAUGUACCAUGUGCACGACCGCCCGUAUCCCGAGAAAGACGAAACGAUGAACUCUCCUCUAUUUUGCAAAUGCGUUUCCACCCCGGAGUGCAGCCCACGCCGUGAUUCCAACGAAGCCUGUGGCGCCGGCAGGUACCUCUGCUGCUACAAACGACCAAAUAAAGAGAAUCAACAAAAUACAGAAUUCUUCAAUGAAAUUGACGAUGAGCGCCCCAUGUUGUUCCCGAGCCAAGAAGAGGUGGCGGGCCCGUUCCCGGCGCCGCCGAACUCGAUGCCGCACAAUGAAUUCGGUCCGGGGCACGGUCACGAGACCAUGAUACUGGGCACGUACCAGUCCACUAGCACGGGCGACGAGCUGUUCGAUGUUAAUUUGGACAUAUCGGACCGCAAGAGACCUAUUAUCUUCGGGCCGGGACGCACUGGAAAAACCGGUCCGCAAAAGAACAACGGCGUGUUGGUCGGCCCUGGUGGACCUACCGGCGUAAUCGGGCCGGCGCCAGUUGGCGAUCCGAGGAGGGACAGUGGACUCAGCGCUUCUGCGCAGCGAGGGAUUCUAGUAGGUCCCGGAGGACCUACGGGGGUCAUUGGACCUUACGGGCGCAACCAUCAGCACGGUGUCUUGAUGGGACCGGUUCGAGCAAGCGGCUUUGGAACGGGAUACAUGCGUACGCAGGGACCUGGCGUGCUAGUCGGCCCAGGCGGCCCCACUGGCAUUAUAGGGCCCGGCCGUCGGCUGCUGGUGGGUCCUGGCGGGCCCACAGGCCAGAUUGGCCCCCGCGGAUACUUUGACUACGGUCGCCAUAAGCCGAAGGAACAUUCAAAAACCCAGAAAAAGUACCGACGCCGGAACCAAAUGCGCACGCGACGUGCGGCGCACCUGCCGCCCACGCGUGUUGUCUGCGCUGGCGGCGGCGGUGCCCCGCCGUGCCACCACCACCCGCCUGCCGGCGGCUACGCCAAGCUGCUCAAUACCAUCAGCUCUACCACGCCCGUGUACUUCCGCGCGGCGCCACGUCGACUUCGGUGCUACUAGAAACUACUGGAGACGACGUGCAGUGCAAUCAAGAAGGAAAUGCUAGUUGUCAUAAAUAAAGCGAAGCAGACGAGGAAACCAGAUGUAAUAAUGGUAAAAUACGUGUAAAAUAUUAUUGUAUUUGCAUGUAAUAAUUGAAGUAUACUAAUCUCCGCCGCAUUGUGGUUCAUGAAAUGAAUGAUGCGAGUGUCGUGUCGCGAAUCUGUCGAACAGUAGUCAAAAUAAAUUGAAAUAAACUUC